AUGGCGGCCACUGCAGCAUCACCAGCCUUUUGCGCCAUCCCCAAGAAAUCAACCUCUGUCCCCGCCGCCGCCGCUGCCGCCGCAAGGGCUUCACUCGGCGUCCCUGCCUCUCGUUUCCUCGCUAGAACCCCACUCCAACGCCUCGGCUUCGUCUCCGACCCCCUCUUCUCCCACCACAUCGCUACCAAGCUGCGAUCGUUCAGGAGUUCAAAUGCCGGGCGGAUUAGAGCCGUCGCCACCAUGGCCAAGAAGAGCGUCGGAGACCUAACUCCGGCGGACCUCAAGGGAAAAAAGGUCUUCGUGAGGGCCGACCUCAAUGUGCCUCUCGACGAUAACCAGAACAUUACAGACGACACCAGGAUUAGAGCUGCUAUCCCCACCAUUAAGCAUCUGAUCGGCAGUGGCGCUAAAGUCAUUCUUUCUAGUCACUUGGGUCGUCCGAAAGGCGUCACACCAAAAUAUAGUCUUGCACCUCUUGUUCCAAGACUCUCCGAGCUGCUUGGUAUUGAGGUUGUGAAGGCGGAUGACUGCAUUGGCCCCGAGGUUGAAAAAUUGGUGGCCUCACUGCCUGAGGGUGGUGUCCUCUUGCUUGAGAACGUGAGAUUUUACAAAGAGGAAGAGAAGAACGAGCCCGAGUUUGCAAGGAAACUUGCCUCAUUGGCUGAUCUUUAUGUCAAUGAUGCAUUUGGUACUGCACACAGAGCACACGCCUCUACGGAGGGAGUUACAAAGUUCUUGAAGCCCUCGGUCGCUGGUUUCCUUUUACAGAAGGAGCUCGAUUAUCUUGUUGGGGCAGUUUCGAGCCCAAAAAGGCCUUUUGCUGCCAUUGUGGGCGGUUCGAAGGUUUCCUCCAAGAUUGGAGUGAUCGAAUCCCUUCUCGAGAAGUGUGAUAUCCUGCUAUUGGGCGGAGGCAUGAUUUUCACAUUCUACAAGGCACAAGGGCUGUCUGUAGGGUCGUCCCUUGUCGAAGAAGACAAGUUGGAUCUUGCCACGUCACUAUUGGAGAAGGCUAAGGCCAAGGGGGUUAGCCUCUUGCUACCUUCUGACGUUGUUAUAGCCGAUAAAUUCGCCCCAGAUGCUAAUAGCAAGGUUGUGCCGUCAUCUGCUAUACCAGAUGGGUGGAUGGGAUUGGAUAUUGGACCGGAUUCUGUGAAAACUUUCAGUGAUGCCCUUGAGACUACAAAAACUGUUAUAUGGAAUGGACCAAUGGGUGUUUUUGAGUUUGACAAGUUUGCUGUGGGCACAGAGGCAAUUGCAAACAAGCUAGCCGAACUUAGUCCCAAGGGGGUGACCACAAUUAUUGGUGGUGGAGAUUCGGUUGCUGCUGUGGAGAAAGUUGGUGUUGCUAAUGUUAUGAGCCACAUAUCGACCGGUGGUGGGGCCAGCUUGGAGCUCUUGGAAGGCAAAGAGUUGCCCGGUGUGCUUGCUCUUGAUGAAGCCACACCAGUUGCGGUGUAA